GUAAUAUAAUGAAUGCAAGAAUAAAUGUCGAGAAUAAUAUGAGAUAGUUGGAGAGACUCUUUAUAUAACAAGCAUGUUGUAGAGAAUUGUUGUCCUAUAGAAAAAGAUGUUUUAUGUUACCAUGGAGAAAAUAAAAUCAUGCAGCCAGUCUUGAAUCAUCGAACCACGACAUUCUAAUUCAUUUAACUUCGUGAUAUUUAAAGUAGCACGUUUUCUCAUUUCUAUUUCAACAUUGACUAAAAAAUUUUAAGUCCAAAUAAAAUACUGCCAACACCAAUGAUAAUCAUCGAUAAUAAUCGAUUUAAAUGAUGGAAAACUUGACCGGAAGUAGGGACAAUAUUUGCCAUAAUACUCAGAUGAACUUUGAAGAUACUAGUCACAUAUUCACGAUUUUCACUGCAAUGAACGAAAUGCGAAAGAUUGGUCAACUGUGUGAUAUCACUUUGGAAGUUGCUGGAACGAAAAUCCUGGCUCAUAAAGUGGUUCUGGCUGCUAACAGCGCAUAUUUCAAUGCAAUGUUUAACUCGGAAAUGAUAGAGAAAAGUAUGUCUCAUAUUGAAAUCCGUGAAAUUGAUCCGAACGCAUUGAAAUUAUUGAUCGAAUUCAUCUAUACGGGUCAAUUGACCAUAACCGAAGCGAAUGUUUUGAACUUACUACCGGCUUCAAGUUUAUUACAAUUAAUGAUUAUUCGUGAAACAUGCUGCCGAUUCCUACUCAACCAAUUGCAUCCGUCUAAUUGUUUAGGUAUAAGAAAAUUUGCUGAUACUCACAGUUGUCAGGAACUUCAAGUUUGCUCGCUUAAAUAUGCUCUCGAUAACUUCCAAGAAGUCUCAUUGACUGAAGAAUUUUUAUCGCUUUCAUAUGAAGGCAUAAUUAGUCUAAUUUCCGAUAAUCAUUUAAAUGUGGCCGACGAAGAAACUGUUUACGAUGCGACCAUUCGAUGGAUUAAACAUGAUUCUAAAUCAAGAGAAAUACAUUUUCCCACCCUUCUAAGUCAUGUUAGAUUGCCAUUGAUUGAACGAAAUUUUUUGAUCAACCAAAUACUAGCAGAACCAUUUGUUCGUGAAAAUAAUCAAGCUAAAGAUUUAGUCAUUGAAGCCAUGAAAUAUCAUCUUAGUUUUGAAAAUCGUUCAGGCAAUUCUCCUCGAACUCAACAUCGAAAACCGGAUGGUUUGACUGAAUUUAUUUUUGCGAUUGGAGGUGGUUCACUUUUUACCACUCAUAAUGAAUGUGAAUUUUUUGAUCCUAGGGAUAAUACUUGGCUCGAAUUCACGCCCACUAAUCAACGAAGAUCUCGAGCUGGUGUUACUUGUUUGCAUAGAUAUAUUUAUGUCAUUGGAGGAUAUAAUAAUGGAUCAAAGACAUUGUCUUCUGCAGAGUUUUUUGACCCUUUAACAAAUGUUUGGACCGAUACUACUGCAAUGGGAACCAAACGUAGUUGUCAUGGAGUUGCCGAACUCAACAACAUUAUUUAUGCAGUCGGUGGAUAUGAUGGAAUCAAUUGUUUGAGCAGUGCAGAACGAUUUGAUCCUUUAAUAUCAGCUUGGUUUUCGGUCAAUUCAUUGGAAAUCAAACGUCGUUAUACCAGAUUAUUGGCAUUGAAUGGCAGUUUAUACGUGGUUGGAGGAUUUGAUGGAGCUAAUCAUUUGGCUUCAGUAGAACGUUAUGAUCCCAGGGAAGGAAAAUGGAUAGCAGUUGCACCGAUGUUAAGCCGACGAAGUAGUUGUGGUGCAACUGUCAUGGAUAACAAGAUUUAUGUUGCCGGUGGCAAUGAUGGAACAUUGUGCAUGUCCAGUGCCCAACGAUAUGAUCCAGUGCGAAAUGCUUGGGAGAAUAUAUCAUCAAUGCAAAAUCGACGAAGCACUCAUGAAUUAGUCGAAAUCAAUGGAUUACUUUAUGCUCUAGGCGGAAAUGAUGGCAGCAAUAGUUUGAAUACAGUUGAAUUCUACACACCCGAAGAUAACAAAUGGUCAAUGAAUAAUUCAAUGAUUUUACGACGAAGUGGCCUAGGAGCUGUUAAACUUGAAUGUUGUGAUCUACGAAAUUCAUUAACCGAUUCAUCAAAUCUGGAAAAGUCUUCGCCAUAUUCUUCCCUCAUUUCGACAAAAUCUUUGGAUCUUAAUUUCAAAGAAAGUAAUGUUAGUAACAGUGAUGAUAAUAAACCAAUUUAAUGACAACCAUUAGUUAGAUAAAAUGAUGAGAAAUGCACAAAUUACGAAGUAAAAAAAUCAAAAUUAGAUUUUUUAUUAAUAUUUUUGUUGUAGAAAAAAAAAUCUAACACAUUAUUUUUGUAGCUAAUGAUUCAGACAAUGAAUAGAACUGAUAUUUUUUCAUUUCAUUAUUUUGCAAAAAAUAUUUAAUUGAAUUCUGACUAAUUUGAUUUGUUUA